CUAAAUUAUAUUUUCAGAUUUUGUAUAAUUCUUACUAUUCUUCAUAAUAAUCAAUUAUCUAAUCAAAAUCAAUUAAAAUUUCGUUUUUAUUUUUUAAUUUAUUUAUACAUUUUAUUCAUUAAAGGUAUAAACAGUAUUAAUCACUUUAACUUUUAACGUGAGAGCUUCAUUGCAAAAAUUUACUUCGUAAAUAAUAGUAUAGAUAUAAGAAGUAAUGUACGUAUGUGUUGUCCAAAUGUACUUGCGCCCUGGUCUUUGGAACCUUGGUAUUUCGUGAUUUGAUGAAACCCUAUUUCAUGGUUUUUUUAUUAUGUAUUAAUGAAUGCUCAAGUUAUAUGUCUAUAAUCUCAAGGCUAAACACGAUUAUACGAAUAUAUAUAGUUUACUGUCAAUAAACUCAAGGCUAAACACUAUUUUUUUUCUAGUGUAGACGAUGGUUACUUAUAUCAUUAUAUGGGAGAAACUUGUGUUUCACUCAAAUUUAGACCAUGCAAAGUUUCACUUAAAUUCCUAUAAAUCUUAUCAAUAUUUGAUUCAUAAAGCGUUCGAAUUAAAUGGUUAACUAUGAAUAGAUGUUUUCAUUAAUAGUUAACUCUUAAUAGAUGUUUUUUAUAUUCUUCAUCUAUAUGAAUACCAUUUAAUUAUGUUGUUAAAAAUGUAGUUAACGGAAAGGAUGCAAGUUUUUGGUUCGAUGCUUGGUCUCCUCUUGGUCAACUGAUCACACACAUAGGAGCGCAUGGACCAAGAGCCCUACGGCUGAGACGUGAUGCUGUAGUAGCAGAUGCGAUUCAAGGUUCAGCUUGGGUUCUUCCCCACCCAAGAUCGCAGCAGGAAGUCGACCUUCACUCUUAUCUAACGACUGUUUCACUUCCUCUUUCCUCUGAUAUAAAUGAUAGAUAUGAAUGGCAUGCUGGUGAGUCUCCUUUGCGUAUUUUCAGGUCUGCUACGACAUGGGAGGUCUUAAGGCCAAGGCAAGAGGAAGUGGAAUGGCACGACGUGGUUUGGUUCAAGGGAGCGAUCCCUAAACACUCUUUCACAAUGUGGGUGGCCAAUUAUGACAGGUUGCCUACAAGGAACAGGCUAGCGGCUUGGGGGAUGGCCAUCGCCACGGACUGUCCAUUUUGCUCGAGAAGCAUAGAAACCAGAGACCACCUUUUCCUGCGCUGCGAAUACACCCUCGACGUCUGGAGAGAGGUCUUCGUCAGGUGCGGUCCGCCAGUGUCUAGCUUUAUGGACUGGUCAGAACUUCUAUCUUGGAUAAGAGCUGCUGCGCCUGUGAAGCUGAAGCUCAUGCGGAAGCUCGCUACUCAAACGAUCAUUUUUCAUCUUUGGAAACAAAAAAACAAUUUGAUCCACAACCACAUCUCUCUCCCUGCUGCAUCAGUAUUUUACUUUGUCGAUAAGGAGAUGAGAAACAUAAUCUCAGCAAGGAAGCAUAGGAAGGCCUUCUGUUCGCUUAUGGCCUGCUGGUUGAGAUGACCUUGUUUGUGUAAAAGCUUUAGUCUAUUGGUGAUCUAUCUUGUUUUUCCUUUUUUUUGCCAAGAUGGAUUUAUAACUUAAGAUCUUGCUCAUGUAAAAUCUUCUCUUCAUUCUAAUGACAUUUACAAUUUAGCAAAAAAAAAAAAAAAAAAAAAAUGCCAUUAAUAGUCAUUAUAUUCUGAUUCAUCCCCAGCAUCCUGGCUUAUUGUUCCUCGAUAAUCGUCUUCAAAUGGUCGUGAUCAGAACUAGUAGAAGAAGACGAAACCGGAGCAGAUGCUAGAGAUUUCUUGAUAGAACCGACAACGUCAGUGCACCCUUUUCACGAGGAGCGAGCAAAUUUUCAAGGGAUUUACGAAGGAAUUCUUUCGCUUCAAAAUUUCGUCGCAAAUCUCUUGCGGAUCACUCGCAAAUUUGCGACAAAAUUUAUCCCUAAAACGUUCUCUUUCAAUCUUGCAAAUCGGCUGUUUUCUUGUAAUGUUUAGAUUAACUAUUCAAAGGGAUUUUUAACGACACGAUUAAAUGGUACUCAUAUGGAUGAAGAAUAUGAAAAAUCAAAAGACGUUUUGGAGGUUCUGACUAAAUCUUAACAAAUGAAAGAGAAAUUUAAUCGUAAGAAUAUUAGAAGAUCCAACUUCUAUUUUAUAUGCAUAAAAGUAAAAUAUAAUAAUUAGAAAAAUGCAGUUUGCCAAAUGUAUAAAUUAGUCAUACCAGGAAUCCUGGUAACAAUGCUAAAUUGUCGACCAAACAACUAAAACAGCUCAAUUUUGCUAACUCCGCAUCAAGACAUCAACCCCUGGUACUUUCUUUAGGAAUUUUAUAAUAUUUGCAAAAACAAACCUUAAAACCACGUCCAUUCAAUUACUACUGGCUUUUACAAAACUACCUAGAAGUAAAAAGAGAUGGUUGAUUAAAAGAAAAAUAAAACGCAGUCAUAUCCUAGUGUGAAGUUGACAGAUGGUUAUAUCGUCCACAAAUUCGCUUACUAGGAAAUGUCCAGUUUAAAAUUUGCUCAGUAAUAAUCUAUCGGAUAAAAAGUAAAAUGCUUCAAAGAUGUGAGUUCAGUAAAAAAGUGAGAGGGAUUUUGAGUGGCAGAAAAAUGUUAUUCUCUCUUUGCAAGCGGACGGAGGUAGCAACGUACGAGGGCUACGUGCCCCCAUCUAAUUUUUAUUUUUUCUUUAAUGUUUAGUACCGGUUUAAGAAAUGCCCUCUAACCAUAGAACUAGACAUAAUGAAACAAAUGUCAUGUGCCCCCGUCUAAUUAUGAUCAUGCGUCCGCCCCUUAGCCCUAAUUUUCUCGUCUUUGCCUCUCCGCUGGCAUGGUAUUAGGUUCAUGCGGCGGUUUUUCCAUGGUGAUUGUUUGAUUGCUCGGAGUUAAAAAAAAAAGAUGUUAAUUCAGUAUAACAAUUUUUUAAAGAAUAGAGACGAUCGCAACGUAUCACUCACGCCAAAAUAUAUGGUCACGCGAGGAAAUCUCGUAACAAUUCUCAAUCGUUAGACAAAGCAACAAGAAAACAGAUCAAUUUUGCUUUCUCCUAAACAAGACAUAUCAACCCCUGGUAUCACUUUCUUACCAAGAAUCUCUCAUUUAAGUAACUUAUUCAUCAGGAAAAGUUCGACGGUUGAAUUUAUUUGCGCUGGAUGAUAUUAGUGUGAUGUGUGCAUGUAAGAAAGAUUACUGCACGAUGCAUCUUCUUCUUACGUGACUUGAAAACUCGACAUGAUGUAGUAUUAUCUAUCACCAUGUGUGUAUGGUUCAAGACUAGAUAACUUGACUUAUUGUAGUGUAUACCUAAAGAAAGCCUUUCAUUUAAGCAACAGUGUGCUGUCAAAUCUCAAAAUUAUGAUCCUUGUUUACUGGAGAGCACAUCAUGGAUCAUGUGUUUAUCCUAUUCUCUAAGAUAUCUCUGGUUUUAUCUUUACUAUUGAUCAACAUGCUGUUUUCCAGACAUGUCUGAUAUGAAAUCGAAUAUGUUUAAGAAUAGUAACACUACUCAAACAGUUGACUUUAUCAUGUGUAUAUAAAUCAUGUUUCUUUUUCUUCUUCUUUUUCUUCUCCACUACCCACUAUCAAACUUCUCUAAUGGCUUCUAUCGGCUUAUUUGAAGCAUUUUUAUCUCUUUUCCCCUUUCUUAUUUUCUAUUACUUCCUCAACAAGACAUUUGGUUACUUGCACAUCAAACAAACCCUUCAAAGCUACCAUUGGAACUGGCCUGUUCUUGGGAUGCUUCCAGCUGUGCCCUUGUGGCUCAAUCGGAUUGAUGAUCUCAUCUGGGUCAUUGAGAAGAACAAUUUGACAUUUCUAUUCAAGGGUCCAUGGUUCACUAGAAUGGAUAUGUUGUUCACAGUUGAUUCGGCUAAUAUACAUCAUAUGUUGAGCUCAAAUUUCUCCAACUAUAUCAAAGGACCUGAGUUCAAAGAGAUAGUAGAUGUUUUUGGAGACGCAAUGUUCAACACCGAAGCAGAGCUAUGGAGGAAUCUAAGGAUAUAUCAGUCUACUCAGGUCAUCCUCAGUCGUCAAAGUUUUCAAAACUUUUCAAUGAGUGUCACAACAAGUAAAAUCAAGGACGUGCUUCUUCCUCUUCUCAGUCGCUUUUCAGAGGAAGGGACAAUCGUGGACUUGCAGGAUGUGUUCCGGAGAUUCAUGUUCAAUACCACAGUAGUUACAACUGUCGGAUCUGAUCCUCAAUCUCUCUCCACUGAGAUGCCAGAGUUUGAGCUCGCAAAAGCCCUCGAAGAUGCUGGGGAAGCCAUUGUGAUUAGGCAUUUGAUACCAAGAUUCGUGUGGAAGUUUCAAAGAUGGAUGAGACUGGGUCAAGAGAAGAAGUUGAUAGAAGCAGGGGCAACUUUUGAUCGAGUAUGUGCCAAAUAUAUAUUAGCAAAGAGAGAAGAGAUAAGAGCACAAGAGAUUGAUCAUCAUCAUGAUCAUUCAGAUGAAGAAAGUGAAGAUCUAUUAACGUAUUUCAUAAAGCUAGAUACAAGCAAGUACGAGCUCUUGAAACCAAGCGAUGAUAAGUUCCUUAGAGACACCAUUUUAGCUAGCAUUGUGGCAAUGAGGGAUACCACUUCAACUGCUCUCACUUGGUUUUUCUGGCUCACCUCAAAAAACCCUCACGUGGAAGCCAAGAUUCGCCAAGAGAUCAACACAACUCUACCAAAAGCCGAAAGUAGUCAAGAGAGGCCAUGGUCGGCUAACGAUCGCAAAGAAUAUUUGAACAAGUUAGUGUAUCUACAUGGGGCGUUGUUUGAAACAAUGAGGCUUUAUCCACCAAUUCCGUUUGAGCGCAGCUCUCCAAUACAAUCAGAUGUACUUCCAAGUGGACAUAGAAUCGAGGCAAACUUUACUAUUAUCAUCCCAAUCUAUUUGAUGGGGAGGAUGAGAUCCAUAUGGGGAGAAGACGCGGUGGAAUUUAAGCCAGAGAGAUGGAUUUCAGAGACCGGAGACUUGAGACAUGAGCCUUCUUCCAAGUUCUUUGCAUUUAACUCCGGUCCAAGAAUUUGUCCUGGUAAGCAUUUAGCUAUGCUUGCAAUGAAGAAUGUAGUGGUGGAGAUAUUACAGAACUAUGACAUUAAGGUCGUCAAAGAACACAACAAGAUUGAGCCAAAGCCUCGUCUUGUUCUUCACAUGAAACAUGGGCUUAGAGUCACCCUUACUAAGAGAUGUUCAGCUUGAAAUGUUAAUGUUAGAGUUGUCCAAUAAUAAUUUAUCGAACAUAAAAUAAUAUAAGAAGUAAUGUACGUAUGUGUUGUCCAAAUGAACUUGCCCCCUGGUCUUUUGAAGCUUGGUAUUUCGUGAUUUGAUUAAACUUAUUUCAUCUUUUUAUUAUGUAUUAAUGAACGCUCAAGUUAUAUGUCUUAUAUAAAAUGUAUUCAUUGUGCCUUACGAUUGUACAAAUAUAUAAAGUUUACUGUCAAUAUCUCAAUGUUACACACUAUUUUUUUUUUCUAGUGUAGACAAUGGUUACUUAUUUAUAUGAGAGAAACUGGUGAGACAGAUCUAAUUUAGAUCGUUCAUCUGAGAAGCUUUGAGAUUUUGCAUAGUUGUUCUUAGUAAUACGUGAAUAUUGUUAACUUAUGACAUUUUUAACAACACCAUUAAAUGGUAUUCAUAUAGAUGAAGAAUAUGAAAAAAAAGCCGUUAAGGUUCUGACUAACCCUUGAGAAAUCAAAGAAAAUUUAAUUGUAAGAAUAUUAUAAGCUCCAACUUCUAAUUUAUAUGCAUAAAAGUUCAAUAUAAUAACGGACAUCAACCUAAUGUUGUUACUUUCUUGGCAAGAAAUCUCUUCAUCCAAGUUACUUCAUGUAGUAUACAAAAAGAGUCUCUGUAUUGUAUGGGUUGUCAACAAAGAAAAAUGUUUUUUUUUAUGACUGAGUAAACCAUACAAUAACCCGUUUAGUAUAUACAACAUGUAAGAAAUUAAUUAUAUACACAUGUACUUAAUUGUGGUUGUAUUGGCAUGUGUGACAACAUUAAAUCAUGUAUUCAUUUAGGUUGUGUUUGUUUUGUAUCAUUGGCGAUAAGAGCAUCUCCAAUGGAAUUAUUCCAAUUGGAAUUUUUAAUAUAUGUGUUUUUGUGGAAUCACAUAGGUAAGGGUUAUUAAAAGAGGAUUUUAAAAAUCUAUAAAAAUCUUUAUUUAUGAAAUUUCACAAUAAUUGUGGACACCACCAUUAUUUACAUAUAUAUAAUAUAUACAUACAUAUAUAUAUAUAUAAUACAUAUAUUAAGAAUUGCAAUUGAGAGAUGGUCUAACCAUCUGGAGUAAAAUAAAAGUUCUUCCUGAUUACUCUACUUUUGUCCAAUCAAGCUGAAAACAGUUUUCACCCAUUUACUCUAAAAUAGCCUAAAAGUAAAAUUUCACUCUUGUUUCCACUUUUCUUUUUUUCUCCAAUUUCAACUUUUUUCGCUCUUUGACUCUAUUAAUUACCGAUCAAAGUCUUAGUUUUCUUAAAUUUUAGUAAUAUGCAUUCGAACAGAACACACACGUCGAUUGAUCGUCAUCAAAACAACAACAAGAACUAGCCCCUGUAUAUAAUACACACAGAAGCAAAAAUCACAAUGCAUCCUAAAUGUAUAUGUAUCAAUAAACUUUUCAACUUCUUCAAAUUUUUAUAUUAGUUUUAAGAAAACAUUUCUGAACCAUUCUGUAUUGGAAAUCUACUCUCGAUGACUUUCUCAUCAAGGUUACUCCUUCAGUUGCUUUCUCAUUAAGAGACCCUUCAGUUACUUCAUGACUAGAAAGCCUUUCACUUAAGCAACUUUUCACUGUCAAAUCUCAAACAUGUGAUCCUUGUUUAUUGGAGAACGCAUCACGGAUCAUUUGUUUAUCCUAUUCACUAGUUAUCUUACCAUAUAUCUACACGCUGUUUUCACUCUCUGAUAUGAAAUAAAAUUUAUUUUUAAAUAGUUAAACGUAGUCAAACAAUAGACAUUAUUAUGUGUAUCUAAAUCCAGUUCCUUAUUCUUCUUCUCCACUACCCACAAUCAAACUUUCCUAAUGGCUUCUAUCAGCUUAUUUGAAGCAUCAGUAUCUCUCUUUUUUUGUUUUUUUUUUCUCUUCUGUUACUUUGUAAACAAGAAACAUUCUGGUUACUUGCAAAUCAAGAAAGCUCUUCAAAGCUACCCUUGGAACUGGCCUGUUCUUGGGAUGCUUCCAUCUGUGCUCGUGAGGCUCAAUCGGAUUGAUGAUGCCAUCUUGAUCAUUGAGAAGACCCGCUUGAUUUGUAUUCAAGGUCCAUGGUUCGCUAGAAUUGAUGCGUUAAUCACCGUUGAUCCAGCUAAUAUACAUCUUAUUUCUCCAACUACGUCAAAGGACCACCUGAGUUCAAAGCAUUGAUGAUAGUAGAUCCGUUUUUUUAAUUGUUUCUGUUUUUUUUAACAACCUUUUGAUUGUUUCUGUUAUUGAAUUUUUUUCGGCAUUUUUGUUAUUCUAUUUUUAUAUUUAGUUUUAUGCAAUGAAAUAUUUGAUGAUUUUUAAUAUUUGUUAUAAUUUAAUAAAAUAACAUUUCCAUUUUUUUAAAUACAUACAGUUGUCGAAAAUUCAUUGGAGGGGAUUUAGUCAUAAAUUUAUCGGUAUGUUCAAAUGAUUUUUCGACAAACAUUCAGACAAUAUUUAUGCUCGGAACUUAUAGAUAAUUUUCCGAGAAAUGGUGAUUUUCGAGACCCAAACUCCUGACAAAAUUUGGAUAGUCGGAAAACAAUACUCCCUCCGUUCGGUAAGAGUUGACGUUUAAGUGUUUUUUAUAUAUCAACAUAUUUGAUGUUUAUGAAAUCUCAAGCAAAUAAUGACAAAAAUAUGACUUAUUUUAUCAUUGCAAUUAAUAAUGAUAGGAAGAUAAUUUUAACAUUAAAUAAUAUUCACUCCGUUUCAAAAAGAUGCACUUUUUAGAGAAAAAAAUUGUUUCAAAAAUAUACAUUUUUAAUACAAUUUUUGUUAAUUAAUAAUGAGAAAUUGUGAAGUUUAAAAAAUUAUUUGCAGUUUUUAAAAUUUUAUUAGUUUUAAAAUAUAGAAAAUAUAAAAUUACAAAAAAUUAUGUAUUUAUAACUAAGUUUUAAUACUUCAUCCGUUUCUUUUUGUUUGAUGUUUUUGAAAAUAAUUUUGUUUCAAUUUGUAUGAUGUUUUAAAACUUUCAAUGCAAAAUUAUUAAAAUAAUUGAUUAAAAUAUUAAAGUUAAUGUGUAGUUUUUGUUUUAUUUGUCCAGAAUAACAAUAAUUAACUACUUUUAGUUACUUUUUGUUGUUGUAAUCAAAUGAUGCUAUUAAAAGUAAAAAAAAAUUAUUAAUUUAUGUGUUUAUGCUAAAACAUCUUACAAAAAGAAUCAGAUAGAGUAUAUUUUAUUAAAAAUUGUAAAAAUUCUAAAACAUGUAUUAUUUUGAAACAGGAAGAGUAAUUGAAAAAAAUUGAAAUAGAGAUAUCAUCUUUCUUAAUACGUGCAAAGCUGUGGAACGUCAAGUAAUAGAGAACGGAGGGAGUCGGGUAUCUCUUGUUUUAUGUAGUGUCAUUCCCUAUAUAUUAAUCCUGGAGCAUUACAACAUAUUUUCGUAGCUGGUCCAUAUGAACAUUUACUAUUUUUUAUUAAACUAACUAUCAAAUUAAUUAGUAAUGUACAAAAUAAUAUUUUUUUCUUUCUUUAAAUAAAAACUACAGAAUUACCUAAUAUGGUUAACAUAUAUAUACAAAUUAGUGAUUAUAAAUAAUACAUAUUUGAUAACAAUUUUUAUAACAUCUCUUUUUUUGUUUAACUUUAUACUAUUAAAAAUAAUUAAACAAUCACAUUAAGCAUAUAAUAAAAAAUUAAUUUUUUUUAUAUGUUAUAUUUUGAAUUUUUAAAAACGGCUAUAAAUUUUAUAGCAGCUUGACAUAUUAGAUUUAAACACUAAUCUGUUAAUAUAGUUUACCGGUGAUUUUUUUUUUUAAGUUUUGAUUCUUAGAUAUGAAUCUAGAGUGAAACUAAUUUUUACAGAUGUCCAUGUUUUUUUAAAUUGACACUUAUUUAAUUAACUGAAUUCAUAGAAAAAGUUUAAAAAAAAAAAACUUAACUCAUAUCAAUAAAACAUAGAUGAAAAUGAAAACACAAG